CCUUCUCUUGUCCUAGACACCCCUCACCUUCUCUUGCUUCUUCUCUCUCUGUCUCUCUCUCAUGGCGUCUCUCUUUAACUGCCACGCCUCAAACCCUGAUGCUGCGUCCAUCAAGAUCAAGUUCACGCAGCUCUUCAUCAACGGACAAUUCGUUGAUUCUGUUUCAGGGGGCAGAUUCGAGACGAUAGAUCCUAGAACAGGGGAGGUGAUCGGCAGCAUCGCCGAAGCCACCAAAGCUGACGUGGACGUCGCCGUUAAAGCUGCCCGUCAAGCCUUUGACUUCGGUCCCUGGCCUCGCUUCCCCGGCUCUGAGAGAGGAAGAAUAUUGAUGGAAUGGGCAGAUUUGAUAGAUCAACAUGCAGAAGAACUGGCAGCACUUGACGCCAUAGACGCGGGAAAGCUGUACGAGUGGUGUAAGAUUGAGAUUCCUUCAGUGGCAAAUAUGCUGCGUUACUAUGCAGGUGCUGCUGAUAAAAUCCAUGGAGAGGUGUUGAAGAUGUCGAGAGAGUUCCACGCCUACACUCUGCUCGAACCCGUUGGCGUCGUGGGUCACAUCAUUCCCUGGAACUUCCCUAGCACCAUGUUCUUCAGCAAGGUCAGCCCUUCCUUGGCCGCCGGCUGCACCAUGGUCGUCAAACCCGCCGAGCAAACUCCUCUCUCCGCUCUCUUCUACGCUCAUCUAGCUAAGCUGGCUGGGAUACCAGAUGGUGUGCUUAAUGUGGUACCUGGGUUUGGCCCAAUUGCUGGUGCUGCUAUAACCUCGCACAUGGACAUUGAUAAGGUUAGCUUUACUGGUUCGACCCAAGUAGGACGGGAAGUGAUGCAGGCUGCAGCUAGGAGUAAUUUGAAGCAAGUUUCGCUUGAAUUAGGAGGCAAAUCACCUGUCAUUAUAUUUGACGACGCUGAUGUGGACAAAGCAGUUGAGCUUGCGCUCGUUGGAAUCCUUUUUAACAAGGGAGAAAUCUGCGCUGCAGGCUCUCGUGUGUUUGUUCAAGAAGGCAUAUACGAUGAAUUUGAGAAGAAAUUGGUGGAGAAGGCAAAAGCUUGGGUAGUUGGAGACCCUUUUGAUCCUAAAGUUCAGCAAGGUCCUCAGGUAGACAAGAAGCAAUUUGAAAAGAUUUUAUCAUACAUAGAGCAUGGAAAGAGAGAAGGAGCCACCUUGUUGACAGGAGGUAAGGCAGUUGGCAAUCAGGGAUACUACUUAGAGCCUACAGUUUUCACUAAUGUUAAGGAGGACAUGCUUAUAGCGCAGGAUGAAAUAUUUGGGCCUGUGAUGGCACUAAUGAAGUUUAAAACGAUAGAGGAAGUGAUAAAGAGUGCAAACAACACAAAAUAUGGGCUAGCAGCAGGCAUAGUGACGAAGGACAUUGACAUAGCAAACACAGUGUCGAGAUCCAUCAGAGCAGGAAUCAUUUGGAUCAAUUGCUACCUUGCGUUUGGGAACGAUGUUCCUUUUGGAGGGUACAAGAUGAGCGGAUUUGGGAAAGAUUGUGGAAUGGAAGCAAUUCACAAGUACCUGCAAGUUAAAUCUGUGGUCACUCCUAUUUACAAUUCUCCUUGGCUCUGAAUGAUUCCCUGUGGCUCUAUUUACAUGUGGUACUUUUCAUUCACAAGGGUUUUUUUUUUUUUUUUUUCAUUUUCAUAAGUUACACAGCAGCAUGUUAUGUCUUGUGAAUGAAAUAUUCUACACACCAUCUUUCUAAUAUAAGAAACCCUUACGAUUGCAUGGCCAUACAUGUCAUGCAUGCAUGCAUGCCGAACUUUGCACGCGAGAUAUGAAAGGUCUUACAAGCUCAUUGUUCAACAGAUUUAAGUCACAUGAAAAAGACGAUUUUUCAAUUGAA